AUGAAAGGUUGUAGUGAACGAUAUGUAUCUGUAGGUGCGAUGAAUCGAGCGCUUCAAGACGAUCAGUGGAUCUUUGCGUCGCCCAAGUCACCUCAUCCAGGACAGCCGCUGGCGGUGCAACCUGGUACUUAUCGAUAUCUAAAGGGAGCAGAGCUCGAGGGUACGGCUCAUGAAUUUGCAAUCGUGACACGAAGAGAUUCAUUUAAAAAGGAGAAUAAGUCGACUACAGUUGAUAUCGACGUGGCCGUGGACAUUACCGCUGGAGUAGAAGGCAGGUUGAUUGAAAAGCUUGUAGCUAGUGGUCUGGACGUAGAUGUACUGGAAGGAGACUUUAGUAGAGUGGAGGCGGACGGUAAAAAGGCCAGUAAGUACUUUGUGCUGCUCAUUCGUGGAAAUGAUGAGACGUUGGCUACUUAUGGGAGGAGAUUGAGGUUCCAGACGUGGCUGCGCAGUGGUAACUCUCGUGAAGUAGACUCGGUUGUGAAAAGCAGCCCCAUUGAUACCCCUGCUGAGAGGAUUCAAGUGAUUGACCAUAUUAUUCGUGAAAAAGCCAAGAUUACAGAAGACCACCCAAACGUGCGAUCAAUAUUUCCAGUUCACGACCCUGCGACUAAUAGAUACUUAUUGAAGACAUUCAUUGGAACGCAAAAGCUGGAGUUUCUAUCGGAAAAUUUCUUACAAAAGGUGAGAGAUCAUUUUGGUGAAAAAGUUGGAUACUAUUUUGCAUUUAUGGACUUUUACAACAAAGCACUUGUGCCGAUCGCACUGCUAGGCGUGCUUCUAACAUGCCUGCGAGGUGUCAUGGGCACACCAAUGUACAUGCGCGUACUUGUAGCGUGGGCUGUGCUUAUUUCGGUAGUCUGGAGCUUCGGGCUGCUCAAGGCCUGGUCUCGUCGUAACAAUGAACUCAAUUACCUAUGGGCAAAUAAUAUUGAAACGAACACAAUCAUGUAUCGUAACCCAAAUUUCCGCGGUAUAGCGAUUGUGAACCCCGUUACAGGUUUACCUGAUCAAUACUAUCCGAGCUGGAAGAGAUAUCCAAAGUAUUUGGCCGUAGUCUUCUUCAUGGUGGUGCAAAUUUCAAUCAUGAUGUUAAUCAUUGCUACUUGGAUCACUGCAUUUGAAGUGCUAAAGGUGCGUUAUCCAGACAGAGGAAUUUUCUCUGCGCAAUGGUUCUACAUUCUAGGCGGGGGUGUGUUAUAUGGGUUGUUUGUCGACAUUAUCCAGUGGAGUGUGCUUGUGACGAAGGCCGCGCGUAUGUUCACUGAGUGGGAAAACUGGAAAACGAUUGAACAGUUUGAAAAGUCCAUGAUACGCAAGCUGUUUCUCAUGGAUUUCCUCAAUUACUACACGUGGUUUUUCCUAUUGGCCUUCGUCUACGUGAUUCCUGGAGCUGGAGAUACAAUCACCAACUUUCUCAACACAUUGAUCUGGGAGGACCCAGCAAACUGCUGCUUCGGACCGUACAUGGAUCGUUCGAGUACUUAUUGUAACUCCUGUCCGCCAGCAUGGAAUGAAAUGGGACUUCGUGAAACGCGCUGCAUUCCAUGUCGUGGAUGGGUAACCUUUGACAUUAACCAUCUUGACUUGGAGACUCUUUUCCUUACACCCAUCAUUAUUACUCAAUUGCUGAACUUGCUCAUUGCUGUAGUCGUCCCCUGGAUUCACCGUAAGCACUACGAGCAGCGUCUACAUGGAACAGACCAGAAAGUGAUGGCCAUGGUCAAGGCUCAAGGUGAGCGGUGUCUACUAGCCAACAUGACGUACAGAAAUGAGGACACAGACAAUGUGCGCAAUCGUUCAAUGGUGUGCAGUAGUAUUGCUGCUCGCAAUAGCGAUAACCUCGCACAUUUAUUGAAUCAAUCCUCUGUUCGGUAUCUAGAAAACAGCGAAGGUGAGGUAAAGCUGCUUAAUGCAAAGGCGCGCGCGGUCUUAUUUGAGAGCGAGCAGGAGAAUUACGAUCCAUAUGAUGACUACCAUCACAUGACGGUCCAGUUUGGAUUCGUGGUCAUGUUUUCGAUGUUAUGGCCACUCAUGCCUGCUGCUUGCAUGCUUGUGAAUGCACUCAAGACCCGUGGUGAUGGGUUUCGAUUGUGCCGAACGAACCGACGCCCAUUUCCACGCAAAGCCAGUGGCAUUGGGGAGUGGAACAAUAUGCUUUACGCAAUUGCUCUUGCGGGUGUUCUUGUCAACAUUGGUCUUAUUUUCAUUUCCACUGGUACCAUGGAGUUUUUCUCGCCGUCCUGUACAAAGCAAAUCACUUACGCAAUGGGUGGUAAUUUCUCCCAUUUUCACUUUGGCCCAGAUUUUGCCUGUGUUUCGCUUACGACACGCAUGGUCAUGAUUCUUAUUAGUGAGCACGUGUGUCUCGUAUUAAUUUGGUCCUUCUGGAAGAUCAUUCGUAGCAUUCCUCCAAAGCUUCAGCUUGAUAUGCUGCGUCAGGAAUAUGCUUUCAAGUCACUCCUAUAUGAACGUGUGAUGAAAAAAGCAAGUACGAAUACUACUGCAUCGUUAUCAACUUCAACCGCAGUGCCAACACGUGGCAACGGCUCGUUUCAUACCACCUAUGAAACACACACAGUAAUGAACAAUCCAAUAAUAUCGGUCGGAGUCUCACAGAAUGAAAAUGCUUUAACUGGGUCAAAGGACGAGAAUGAGCCACUUCUGUCAACGAAACGACUGGCACAGUGA